AUGGCAUCUACUUCACAUGACCCUAGACUUCUCUACAGCAUCAACAAUGUCCAUGCUUUUCAUGUGCAGGACGGUGAAGAAUCGAGUCUAACACCGUCCGGCCCUCAGACGCUCUCCCUUCUGAUGGUGCCGACGACAGCUUCCAUUACUGAGAACCAGAAUACGCCUUUCCCUUCCGCUCAAGAGACCCCGUCUGAAGAAGACUUCUAUCUCCACUUGCAUCUUCCUCCAGAGCUGGAUCUCGCUCUUCCUGCCACCACCCAGAUUUACCACCAGCCCCCGAGUAGCUAUUUGAUCCCGCGCUGGGACUUGGGACCGGAUGCAGGUGCAUUCAUUCGUAUCCAGUUUCCUGGGAUUGGGGCCGGACCCAAUAAAGUGACACAGGAGGAUAUCGAUACAUUUGAAACCAUUCUCGCCCAAUGCACAGCCUUUCAUGACCGCACCCAGGUCUCGAAAGAUCAUGCCUUGUACAACCCGGCGAGCUUCGCUCCUGGUGAGGGCUAUGUAUCCUCUUCGAAUGCUACGGGACUCCAUGACAAGUCGGAUUCGCACGGGCGGAUUGUGCUCAUCGACGAAGAGAAUGGCAGUGUGGUCGGCGAAAUGGAAGGAUACGAUGUCGUCGAAAGGCCUGACGUUAGGCCGGGUUCGAAAAGACCCGUUCAAAUUCAACUACCUACUGAAGGCGAGGGCAAUCAAGUCAGCGUCAGCAAUGUAUCGGAGGAGUACCUCGCAACCUCGCGGCAUCCUGCAUACAAAGACUCGUCUCUUGUCCAGUCAUCUGCUACGGCCUCCCGUCUGAUUGUUACUGGAUCUACAUAUCUUGCCAACGCAUUGACCAGUGGCGCAGACGCGUUUACAAAAAAGGUUAAGCCCAACCCAAAACCAGCGACAUUUUCAGAGACUACGCAUACUCGAAUCAGGAAAGUUGGAACAUUCUCUAGCGGCGCGGCAGACAUAUCAUCCAAGACAGUCGGGCAAGUCGGCCGGUAUGCGCAGAAUUUCGGAGCUUCUCUAGCCGGUCGCAAGGAUAAUGGAAAAGCUCGUGGCGACAACUCAAGGGUUCCAGCUCACGGCAAGCCAGGUAUCCUGAACAAAUCCUUGAUCGCCUUUUCUACACUGGCGGAUGGCAUUGAACAAGGCGCGCGGAAUGUACUAACGUCUAGUUCCUCGGCUGCCUCUACAAUGAUUGGCCAUCGUUACGGAGCGGAAGCCGGGACGGUUGCUUCCAAUCUGACAGGAGGCAUCAAGAAUGUGGGGUUAGUUUAUAUUGACGCCUCCGGAGUUAGCCGCAAAGCGGUUCUCAAAUCUGUCGCCAAGGGUAUGGUUGUUGGACGUAUGAAGGAUGGACAGCAAGUCGUUGUCGGCUCGGGUGACGGCGGAGAGCUUUCUCCCCAAGGACCGAGUCGCAGUCCAGCGGGCAGAGGGCCAUCUCCUAGCCCAACGCCGCCUCCCGCAUACGGUGCUCCGGGAACGUUCUCGGUUGGCGGGGCAAACAGUCUACAGUUGAUCAAAGAUCAUCAAUAG